CCGCCGCCGCCCGCCUCCCGCCUCCUCGCCCGCGGCCGGGUUGCCACCCUGGGGCCGAGGAGCCGCGACCAGGAAGCGGCUGGCACCAUGGGGAACCGCUGCGGCUGCUGCGCCGGCCGCAACUGCCCUUCGCUAUUGAAGAAGGAAAAAGAAAAACCAGAUAUUAGAAUCAGUAAGCCGAGUUUACAAACCCCGGAAAUCAACAAGGGUCUUGACGUGGCCCCCGUGUACGAUGAUGUCUCGGAGUUCCCGGUCUAUGCCAUGGUGAGCAAGCCGAAGAACAUGAAGCUCAGUGAAAGCAGCGUGCAUUACGCCGAUAUCCAGGUUUUCACAAAGAGCCGCGAACGUUCAGCUGAGGAGGUGAAAAACCUCCAGUCGCAGAAUGCAACGGAAUACGCUACCCUGAAUUUUCCCCGAGCCCACCUGAAAUAUGACAACAAGAACGGGACUCUGGUAUAAGUGCCGAAGAUGCCAUUCUGGAAGAAAAUAGACAUCAGACACUGCAGGUGCUCAGUUGGUUCAAAAAAAAAAAACCCCGCUAUCUGGGUCAGGUCAGAAUGCACUCGUGGGAAUAAGGUAUUUUUUUCUUGGGUCUGCCGAGAAAAUGAGCCCUUUGGGCAGUGGAAUAAGUGAUGUUUCUGAGGAAAAAUGGCUUCAUGGAUCGUGUUACCAAGCAAGGGGGCAAACUGGAGGACGAAGCCCAGCUGAUAUGUGGAGUAAGCAACAUAAAGCUUCACAAGAUUUUUUAAAAUCUUCUCCAAGCAAUCAUUGCAGGAUGUCUUUAUAUCAAGAGAGCUUGGUUUUGAUAUAAGGAGGGAGGAUGCACACUACAGAAACCUUUUGAGGGGUCUUCAUUUGAACAUUCAAUCCCAGCUGCAGCAAUUCCUGGGGCAAAGGAUCUGUGAAACUUUUGCGGGUGCUGGGAAAUUUUCUUCCAAGAAAUUGGUACGAAUUUUCUUUGUCUGAGUAACAAACGGGUGAUUCCUUCGGCAGCUCAGCUCGUGAAAAAAAAA